UAAACACGUUGCCACAUGUACACAUUGUAUACCUUUUGUUAUUUCAUUUUGGACAAGGUAUCGUCUCGCUAUCAUCGCCCUGUGUUUAACCAAAAUAUUCAAGAAAUAAACAUAAAAUCAAAAAACAAGCAAACAAAAUCAGUCUCAAAAGACUCAAAAGUCGUCACAAAAUCUCCUCAAAAUCUAAAGUUUUUGUUAGAGCCCGCGAUCAAAGGCGCCUUUGUGACCAGUCUUUCUCUUCCAUCGCCAUCUUUGUUUUUCGUUCCACUCCACUGUCCUCGUAUUUUCCUGUCUUUGCUCUAAAACGGCUCACGAAAUAUGAGAAAAUGCAGAUCUUCUCUGGACGAACACCUGCAAUUGUACGUUUGGCGUGAUACAUGAGGUAUUUUUAAUCACAAACUUGUUGGUUGGAGAGCGCGGCAUACCUGACAACCAUUCUAGAGUAUUAAACAGAAAAUAUCAGAAGUGACAACACCUGCUCUAUAGUGGUAGUUAAGCUAAUAACCUAAAGGUUUAAGCAUGAUUCUGUGAAGAAUUAAUUGCAAGCUUAUCAUGGGAGAAGCCAAAGGAGCAGGAAAAGACGUUAUAAAGCAAACGCAAAAAAGUUCGAAUGAGUUGUACAAGUUCGUGGAUUUGAAUGGAGGAGGGAACCUUGUGGAUGCAUUUAGGAGAGCUCAAGCUACGAAAAACUUCAGCGAAGUCGAAAAACUCAUCGAGGGGUUUCGCGAAAAGUUUUUAUACAACAAUGGUGCUGGAAAGGCCAUCGAAAUAAGAGAGCUUGUGCAUUGGAGAAGACAGAGUCGCGAGGAUAAGGUGCCUUCGAAGAAAGAAAACGCUGUUGUGUCUUUCCUCACCAAGUGCACCAGUCGAGUUGAAAAUACAAUCGAAAAUGUUGGUAUGGAUAAUUACGAAUUAACUGAAAAUACUGGCAGUACCACAAGACCUGUCUGCUGGGAUAUUGACCAGCGUGCUGCUGUGGGAGAAAACAUUCUUCACUUGUGUUUCCUGAAUGCCACUUGUGUACAUUAUGAAAUUGCCAAGAUCAUCAUUAAGAAGUAUCCACCUCUUGUCAAUGAUAUUUACAUCGGUGAUGAGUUUUAUGGGGAGAGUGCCCUGCACAUGGCAAUAGUGAAUGAAAAUCAAGAAAUGGUUCAUUUCCUUUGCAAGCAUGGUGCUGACAUUCAUGAGCGUGCCUAUGGGGCUUUCUUUUGCCCGGAGGAUCAGCGAAAAUCAAGGAAAGAUCAUCCUGUUCAGGAGGGUAUUGUUCUUAGUGACGAGACCAAUUAUGAAAGCAACACAUACUGGGGAGAAUAUCCAUUGUCAUUUGCAGCAAGCCUUGGCUUGGAGGAUAUGGUGCGCUACUUGUUAGUGAAAGGAGCAUGCCCCAAUAAACAGGAUACAAAUGGCAACACUGUCUUACACAUGAUGGUUAUACACAACAGGAUGGACAUGUAUGAUCUCAUCUUGGGUUAUGGCUGUCACUGUGCAUCUCAUUGUGCAAAACCACAUACAGAUGUUGUUAACAAACUCGGUUUCACUCCUCUAACACUUGCUGCCAAACUGGCUCGCAGACAGAUGUUUGAUCACAUUCUGACUCGUGAAAGAGAAGUAUUUUGGCAGUAUGGUGAAGUAACAUGUGCUGCAUUCUCACUGAAAGAUCUUGAUUCACUUACUCACGAGGGACACAUAAAUGAAAACUCUGCACUCAACAUAAUCACGCAUGAGGAAUCUGUAUCACAUUUGGCCCUCUUUGAUGGCAUCCUCAACAAUUUGCUCAAAGAGAAAUGGAAUCAUGCUUGUCGCUACAGGUUUUAUCAGCUGCUUGCUCUGUAUAUAUUUUUUCUCAUCUGCUUCAGCAUUGCUAUACUCCUCCGUCCACUUGAGAACCUGGACUGUGUGGAAACAAUAGAAGGCAAUGCUUCCCAUCCUCUGGAUAAUGGCACUCUUUGUGAUCAUUGCUUUCUCCUCAACACAAUUCAUAAUGAUGUUUCACAUCAGGUUCGGGCAGCUUUUGAAAUCUUGACACUGCUGUUUGCAUUUUUAUAUAUCGUUAUUCUGAUCCGACAGAUGAUCUUUCAGGAGAAGCGCAAAACUGUUUUCUUUGAUUUGUUUUACCCGUCUCAUGCUAUGAAAACUGGAAGAAGCUCCAACAGUGUUGGCCUUUGUAGCAUUGUGCGGGCUAAAUCCCCCUGUAGUCUUAAAAUUCUUCUGUUCCACAAUCAACUUAUCUCUCAUUGUUCAAUGCAAAAUCCUUUCUUUGAUGAUAUGACAUUUCAGUUUCCGAUAAGCGCUGUUAAAUUUCUGUGUUUCAGGGGUUUUGCUCUGGUUGGACCCUUCGUGGUGAUGAUCUAUCAGAUGUUAAAGAGAGAUUUCCUCAUCUUCUUUGUCAUUUAUAUGAUUUUUGUCAUUGGAUUUUCACAAGCCAUGUUCCUUGUAGUGAUGGGGUAUGAUGACCGAACUGUGGAAGAAAAUCUCUUUACACGCUGGUUUUCUGCGGGACUUGGACUCAUUGUUCUUUCAUUAGGGGAGUAUGAGGACUUGUAUGGACAAGUGGCUAACAGCAGAUCACCAUUCAAGAUUUUGGGUUUGAUCAUGUUUUUCCUGUUUUUGAUCCUGGGUGCUCUGUUGAUUGUGAACAUGCUGAUUGCUAUGAUGGGCAAUACCUACCUUAUGGUCGCGGAAACCAAGAAGGAAUGGACACGACAGUGGGCGCGAAUUGUGCUGACCACAGAGCGCAUGCUCACACCAGCAAAGAGGCUUGCCGCGCAGAAAAAGUAUUCACAGGGGCUGGGUUCUGAUGGGGAGAGGGCGCUGAUCAUGAGACUGCGGAAUCACGAGAAUCGGCAACAGAGCCAAGUCUCCAAUGAUCCAAAGCAACAGGCGAAAGACAAAAGGAAGAACUCUAUACCUUUGCCAAGAAAAGAUUACGACUGGCUGGACACGAGCAUGUGAAAAACUCGGAUUGAUUGAAACUGCGAUGCAAACAUUCUUUUUUGUAACAUGGUGUACAAGCAAAACGAAAGGGUCAUUACUAAAUAGACUGAAUUGACUUUUUCGUCUCGUUCGUAUGUCAAACCGCUGGUAAAUACAACGAACUAUUCGAAACAUGCAUGUGGUACAGUUUAUGCUGUAUAAAGUAGUUCAAAUCUGUAAACGAAAUCGAAAAAAAAA